AUGUCCACCGAACACCCGGUUGAUGUCUUGAACACAGUCAACCUCGUUACACAAUGUCUAUGUAUUCCGAUCGUUACUCUCUUCGUGGUUUUGCGUUUUUAUACCCGCAUUCGAUUUAAGCAAUCCCUGGGGGUGGAAGAUUAUGGCUGUCUGAUUGCAUGGCUCCUGUUCAUGGGAUACUGUGGAAUCAGUAUCGUCGUGGGCAAUCAUGGCGGAGGAUACCAUUAUGAUCAACUCUCGCCAAAAACGCAAAUCCAAUUCAAAAAGUUCUGCUACAUCGCCACUAUCCUUUACUGUCCCAUGGCACUCUUCGUCAAAAUCGCCCUUCUCUCCAUCCUCACUCGCAUCUUCGCUCCUUACCGCGGCAAAGUCUGGUUCAUCUACAUCUUCCUCGCCUGUCUCUGCUGCUACUACACCGUCGCUCUCAUCAUCAAGAUUCGCAUGUGCGACCCGAUCCCCAUGUACUGGCUCGGCGACGUGCCCGGCGGAUCCUGUCUCGAUCAGACCGCGGCCCUCAUCGCCGAUUCCGUGAUCAGUGUCGUCAGUGACAUCAUCAUCCUCGUGCUCCCUCUGCCAUUGACGUGGUCUCUUCAAAUGUCGCGCAACCGCAAGCUGCGGGUGAUGGGUCUGCUAGGCGCAGGUGGGCUGGCUACUGGAUUUAGUCUGUACCGACUGGUGCUGGUGUUGAGCAAGGGCAACUCAAGUGAUCAGAGCAUCGUUUUCAUCUGCGUUAUUCUAUCCGGAAAUGCCGAGGGUGGUAUGGGAUUGAUCUGCGCGUGUCUCCCCGUUCUCAACGUCUUGUUGGCCUACUACAAGAAGGAGUACUCUUCGCAAAAGUACUACCAGAACGGAUCGAACGUGCCAUUGAGCGAGAGAAAGACAGGCGCCACAUCCAAGGCUGCCUCGGAGUGGGACAAGGCAACAAGCUUUGGCGACCAGAGUCAUUUAAUCUCGUUUGCCGGCGCCCCAGAAGCGGAGAGCGCCGAUUCCAUUUACAAUCACGAUGGAAUCAGAAAGACUGUCGCCGUGUCGCAGACUGUCGAAUCCUCAUAG